AUGCGCGCCUCGUCAGCACCCUCGCAGCUCGCUGCUGUGUGCAUGAUCUUUGGCCUAGCAACUGGAGCGCCUGCGCCACACAGCGAUUAUGGAGGGUGGCAGCAUUGGGGAAAACAAUGGAGCGAUUGGUGGCAGAGCCAUGCCGAUGACCAUCAGAAGCCACCGCCAUAUCACCCCGGCAGACCUGGUCAUGAAGCGAAGAAGCUGAAUGUUCAAGUCGGCCCGCGACCAUAUUUCUUGGUCGAUAACAUGGAUGACGGGCCAUUGAAAGACAAGCUGGAGAGCUGCAAAGAAGAUGUGAAAUCCACGAGCUCUUUCUCCAUCUCGCAUCGCGGUGCACCAUUGAUGUUCCCCGAGCACAGCAAGCAGAGUUACGAGGCGGCGAUCAGAAUGGGAGCUGGCAUUGUCGAAUGCGAUGUGUCGUUUACCUCCGAUCGCGAGCUUGUCUGCCGUCACUCGAACUGCGACCUUCACUACACGACCGAUCUCCUCGCACACCCAGAACUAGCAGCAAAGUGCUCCGAGCCAUUCGUACCAUUCGACGCAGAGGCUGGCACACCUGCCAGCGCGAAGUGCUGCACCAGUGAUAUCACGCUGUACGAGUUCAAGUCUCUCUGCGCUGAGAUGGAAGCCACAACGUUCAAUGCAGUGAACACUAGCCAAUACAUGGGUCGCAUUGGUUCUACGCCAGAUUGGAGGACCAACAUGUUCUCGUACUCAUGCGCGGAGCCAAUGUCGCUGAAGGAACAGAUUGCCCUAGUCGACAGCUACGGUCUGAACUUCACUGCCGAAGCAAAGACACCUGAGAUCGAGAUGCCGUUUCAGGGCAAUUACACACAGGAAAUCUUUGUCCAGCAGAUUGUCGAUACGUUCAACGAGGCUGGUGUCGACCCAUCACAAGUCUGGCUCCAGUCGUUCCUUCCCGACGACAUUUUCUAUUGGAUCGAUAACGCUCCCCAAUAUGGCCUCCAAGCUGUAUACCUCGAUGAGCGCGCAGAUCUAAAUGAGACCGGCUACGCCACAGCUGUUGCUUCGCUCCCUGAUCUCGCAGCUCGAGGCGUCAAGAUCAUUGCUCCAUCAAUAUGGCAGCUUGUGACUGCAGACAAUGCCACUGGCACGGUAAUUCCUUCGACCUAUGCGACUGCGGCGCACGAAGCUGGCCUAGACAUCAUCACUUGGUCUUUUGAGCGCUCUGGACCUUUGGAAGUCGAAGGCAGAAGUUACUACUAUUCCAGCGUCGCAAAUCUGAUCAACAAUGACGGCGACGAGUUCACUGUUAUCGAUGUGAUCGCGCAGCAAGUGAAGGCGAUUAAGAUCUUUAGCGACUGGCCGGGCACGAGCACAUAUUAUGCUAACUGCUUUGGCCUCGAGUAG